UAUUUUGUGGGUGUUUCCAAUUCUAUAAUAUAACAAUAUUUAACUUUCAUGCACUCACAGUACAACGCAGAGAAGUGUCCCACACCACACAAACCUCUCGGUCUUCCGGUCUAUUACGGAUGUUGUGUUUGGAUAUACCACUACCAGGAUCCCACAACAGACCACCACGAGGAGCAUAAGCAGAUGCAUUAAAUAGGAAAAAUAAUUACACGUCACGGAUAUUCAAUACAGUUGCAACGCUCUGAGGCAAAUGGACAUACUCGUAACAACCAAUAAUAAAUGACCGUGCGCGAGCCAGGGACUAAGCGCGCCGACCACAUCGGCAUUUCAUGAGAGCAUUUUAUCUCCAAUAAACCAUCUGGCUACCAUGGAUGGCGAGUUACCACCAUGGAAUAAACAUGGAAGCCAUAACAGUAGGGUUCACUAUGAUACAGCAGGGGAACGUCAGGAGGAGCAUGACGUGAUAGGAGACAGCUUUGCUGCUGGAGAACCAGUGACACCACUGUCAUCAUGUAUGAGUGGUGCAUUUAAGGCUUUGCUACCAGAUUACCAUGGAACUUCUUCAGCAAUGUUAACAAACUCUGAUAAAUAUUCCUAUUCUCCUGAUAAUCAUUGUCUCAUCAAACCUGACACUGCAGUGGAUGAAAAGAUAGCAGUGGAGAGAAGGGAAGAAAGUGAUUUUUUGAAAGACCCUUUGGGUGAAGCAUUAGCUAGUGCCACACAUAUGCUUCCUCUCAGGUGUGCCCAAUAUGUGACACAUGAAAAGAACCGAGAAGUGGACCAGGGAAAUGGUAAUUGGACAUCAGUGAUCAAAGAUGCUUUAGAAAUGAGUAAUGGAAUGGAAAUGGAACAGACUUUAUCCAUGGAUGAACGUGGCCCCCUAAUGGACUAUAAUCCUAUAUAUAAAGGACCUGAAACUGAGGCACAUUUUAGAUUGAAGGACCACUAUCAGAUUGCAGGAUCCAAACUAAAUGAGAAGAUGGAUGGGCAAGGAGUAAAAGAAGAAUCGGAUUCCUUUAUUUUAAUGUUGUCAGAUGACAUUAGUAAAAAUAAAGAUGUUCUGGAAAUGGGGAAACAUGAGGAGCCAAGCAUAUUAGAUGUUGGAUCAUCUCUAGGAAAAGAUGAACUUGGAAUUGCUGGAAUCGGAGAACAUGAGCCAGGGUUAUUACCAGGAUUUAACAGGAGUUCAUACACUCCUUUUUCUUCAUCAGAAAGUCUUAUGGAAAGCGAACAGUUUCCAGGUAAUCCUUUGGACAACCAGUCUGUUGAUCACACCCUCCAGGGAACAACACAACAAUGUGGGCUGUCGUGCAAAGGUGUCAGUCCUAGAAAAACUGCCAGCACAAAUACUGGCUUCAAACAUGCAGAAGUAAACAAUGAAACUGUUCUUCAAAGUUCUACUGUAUAUGGUCUUCAUCUUCUUGAUCUUCAAAAGGGCUGUCACCAAGCAGAGGUUACAGAUGGAAAAACUUCAGUUAAUUCUCAGGAUCACUCCUCACAGCACAAUGUGCAAGAUGAGAGAGUAAAGGCAAGCAAUCCACAUGUCUCUGAGACUACAGUAAUAAAACAAAAUGCUGCAUAUCUGCCCAAAAGUCAAUACUUUGGCAGUAAGCUAAAAAAGCAAGUUUAUGAUCUUGUAUCCACUCCAGCCUCAGUGGGCAGUCAAAACACAGCUGUGGUUGAAUGUCAAAACUUAAAACUGCGGAUCCCAACAGAAGAAAGGAUCUCUGAGAACAGUCUACCUGUGCCAGGAAAAAUUGAAACUAAUGAUUUUCAAGAGACAUCUAUUAACACAAAAACUGGACUCAGUCUAAAGGUAGAAACAAAAUUUUCCCCUGAAAUUCAGAACUCUUCUUCAUUACCAGAGAGAGUUCCAGAUCUAACUGUUGUAUCCAACAGAAUUCACACUGAUUAUAAAUGCAAAGAUUCUCAGUUUGAACCAGUCGAAAGUGGCAAAUUAAAUGAGCUUUGUUUUCAAGAGAGAAAUUCCAAAAAUGUGACACUUACCUCAACUUCUGUUUUUACUCAAAGAACUGCAGAUGAAUGUGAUAUUCAUGUCCAAGAAAAACAAACCCCAAUAAGUCUAAGUACGGUUCUUCUGCCUUUUAAUGAGAAUGUAAAAAACUCUGAAAAAAGUGAAAAGGUACUUCUCAACAUUACUUCAGAAAGCAGUAUUCCUCCAUCUACUGAGAAUGUUCAGGAAGCUCCACCUUCUCCCACAUCAAGGACGGACUGCUCCUCUCAACAUAACCUACAAAAAGCAUUGCAAAGGCAUAAGAAAGCAAGAAAAAGAAAACAAUCUGAGCUUGAGGCAUUAAAAGGACCAAUAUACAAAUCUAAUAAAAGAGAUGACUGUUCUAUGUAUGGAUCAGAACUAUUAGACAGUGCUGUCAAACUAGACACAACAGGAUGUGAGAAAGCUAAUCAAAAUGUUUUAUUGGCUGAUCAUAACAGCACUGCACCAAAAGAGGACUUAAUUACAAAUUAUGUAAACCCACCUACACCUAGGAAAAAAUGUCGGAUGGCACAACUUGAGCUACUGGAAGAUACAGCAGAGACCUCACAAAAGCCCGAUCAUAGCUGCUCUGACGCUUCACAGGAAGAAGUACCGUCAAAUGCUAGGAUCAACAGGAAGGCUGUUUCUAGAAAGAAACUGAAGAAAAAAACAAGGUUACAUUUAAAGGCAAAAAACUCUGCUACUCUUGGCAAUCAGUGUUCGUCUCAAAGCACUGUCUUGUCCCCAGAAGAGGACUGUACAUCACAUUUUCAGGUCAGUGACACAACUCCAAUGAAAGGAGUCAGUAAUCCAGCAGUAAUGGAACAUGCCAUCUCUAGUCUAGAGUCCAUUCCAGAAAAAUUACAAAAGUCCAGAAAAAGGGCUACAAAGCAAACACUACAAAGCAAAGAUGAUCCACGUAAAGAUGUUCCCACAACAUUUCCAGAAGUUGAGGCAGACAUGGAUGUCAAAGGGCAUCAGGAGGUGAGAAGAUUUCCUUUAAAGGCUUCUGAAGGAAAAAAUAGGAAUGCAACUAGUCUGCUGAAUAGACAGUCUUCACAAGACUCUGAGGGUCAAACAGAUUCUGUUUCCACCUCAGUGGCUGAAUCUUUAAAGAUUCUAAGCCCUCAGAAUAACCCAAAGAAAUCAAAGCAGAAGAAAAGAGCACAUAUCAACAAAUCAGCAAAAACACCCAACGUGUGCCCACAAGAGGAUAUGAAAAACACGAUGACUCACAAAACAAAAACUGUGAAAGCAAAAAGUCCUCUAAAAAAGGCAAUUAGAACAGAUGACAAUGAAACUACUCUUUUGGACACACAGCCUUCUGCAGCCACUGCUACGCAACCAGAUUCUGUUUCAAAUGUAGGAAAUGAAGUUGAGUCUCCUGUUAUUUUCGGCACACCAAGAAAGUCACCGAAAAAGAAAUUGUCACAGAUUAAAUGUGAAGCAAUACAUGUACCUGCUGUUGACCAAACAACAGCUCAACAAAGUGUUUUGAAUGCACUCUCAGAAUCUGAUGUCAGCAUUGUGCAACCAACUACAAAAAGAUUCAGAACAAGAAAAAAACUUGACAAAAAAGUUUCUCAUAACACAGUCGGUGAGAACUGUGAACCCGCUCAUAUGACUCUUUCUUCAGUUGAUUCUGUGUAUGCUACAGAAACUGACUAUCCAGGUGUCAGCCAACAGAACACAGAAAAGACAUCAAGUAAGAGGAGAAAGACAGACAUCAAGUUUAUAGAAGCACAAUCAUCCACUACUAGCCAACAGGAUGACGUCACUUUACUGCCCUCAGAAGAUUUUUCAUCUAUUGUGGUUUCAAAUCCAGAAGAGACUGUGAAAGCCAAAGGAUUUUCUAGAAACAAAACAAAUGACAACCACUUAAAUGGUAAUUUGGUUGAAGAAACAUCUUUAUUAGCAACUGUGACACAAGAAAGUUCUAUUUUACCUACAAAGAUUGGCUCUUCAAGCAGUUUUAGAGUAAGCAGCACACUGAAAAAGCCAAGAAAAAAGACGGUAACCAAAAUCAAAAAUGAGGCAGCAGAAAUACUCAGUGUAAACCAGCAAGAAGAUCUGGCUGCAGUACCCUCAAAAUCUGGUGCAAACAUAGUAGCCUCCAGUUCACAAAUGACUUUAAAAGAAAAAAGAACUGUGGAAAAGGCAAUUAGGCAGGAAAUUAAGGAUGACCAUUCAAACCAUUCAGUUGCUCUUUUCAAAAUGCAGGCUUCUACACUUACUCUGAAGCAAACAGAAUGUUUUUCAACUUCAGUUCACAGCACAGCAAAAAGAUCUAGGAAAAUGUCUGACAUUAAACAUGAAGCAGUACAUACACCCGCAGCUGACCAAACAAUGCAACAAGAAAUCCAUACAUUUGAUUCUACAUCAGCCACAGAAAUGGAUAAUUCAGAUGUUCUCAAACAAAAGAAGACAAAAGUGAAGAUGAAAAAACAGCCUAAAAAGGCCACUAAAUGCAAAACAGACAUUAAACAAGCAAUCAGCGAUAUUAGAGAACAGUCUACUGUGCAGCAAGAAAAUUCCGUUUCAAACAGAAAGACAAAGGUCAGGUCAGAAGACAUGACAAAGAAAUGGAAGAAAAAGAGAACAUCGGAACUGAAAGUCACAAAUGAUCAACCAAAGGACGUGGUUCUGCCUCCACCAGCAUCUCAGAGUAAGGAUGCAACACAAGACCCUUGCAUAAAUACAGACAAUGUGAAUGAAACAGCUGAAAGUAAUGUUGAAAACCAGGUUUCCAUCACUACUAAAGAUGUUGCCAGCCCUCAGAGCUCACUGAAGAAGGCAAAGAAAACACGAAAGAAACAAUUGCUUGAGCAAAAAGAAGAGAAUGAACAAAGCAAUAUCCUAGAGCUGGCUCACAGAGAGGACAAAAUGUCAGAUUUACCAUCUGUUGUGAGAGGGGUAGCCUCUGAGAAUUUUGAAACAGUCAGCUGUGACCGGCAUUUAAAGAUGGCUAAGAAGAAAUCCAAAAAAUCCAUAGAAAUUGCAGAAACACAUGGAUUUACUAGUGUUUCUUUGUCUCAAGAGAAAAAUACUGGAUCAGAUGAGGCAGGUGUCAUGGUCACUAGUACACAGGUUGCAGAUUUAUGUAAACUGUCUGAUAGUCAGACCGUAGGAUCACAGCAGCCUGAAAAAGAUGAUGCUGUGGUUGAUCAAAAAGACCUCAAAGCCACAAAACCCCCUAAGAAAAGGGGUAGAAAACCUGGACGAAAGAAGAGGAAGAUGGCUUGCCUGUUAACUCAAACCAUUAAAGAAGAGGAACAUAAAGAUAUAUGUUAUGACAACAGAAUUGUCUGUGAUUUUCAAAACAGCGCACAAAUUCAAACUUCUGAAAUUUCACAGAGGAUAACAGAUAUUAUAGAAGAACCAGUACUGAAAUCAAGAAAAUCAACCCGGACACAAAAAAUAAACUCAGGUCCAGUUGUUGAGAAUUUGUUAACCCAGGGCAAGAGCACAGUCUCUUUAGACAUCACUAGGUGUCACACAACACUUGGAGAGACUCUUUCAAGUUCCAUGCAAACUGCUGAUUGUGAAGACCAAUACACUGUUGAGAAAAAGCCACCAAGACGAGGAAGACCCCCUUCAAAGAAAAGCAAGAAACAGAAAUUAUUUGUAGCACAUUUAGAAGAUAACACCUCUCCAUCUGUCCAGAUCUCAGAUCUUUCUCCAUGUCAAGACAGCACAGAAAGUACUGUCAAUGCAGCUGCAAGUCCAAUAAAGCAAAAAGAUAUGGAUAAAAAUGUAAUUGUUACCAAACAAUUGGGGACUGAUCCCUCGAAAUCCCUUCAGAGUGCUAAUGAUCUUUUGUCACACAGCAUCCCUACAUCUGGGCGUAAAAAAGGGAAGAACCUUAAAAGACCAAUAAGAGACCCAAAGUUAACAAGCUUGAGAGUAUCCAGCAGAACAUCUGUAACAUCAGUCAAAGGUUUUCAAAAAGCAGACAUAACUUCCCUCCCACAAAACUCCACAAAUGUGUUUAAUGAGGAAGGGAACACAUCGUUGCCUAUGUCUGGGACAGUGAAGAAACAGAAACUCUGUGAAAAAAAUGCUAUACAAGAUGGCAAUGUGUUGGCAGAUAAAAAGAUAGAGAAUAAGGCAACAAUUAAAGUAAUGAGAGGAAGAAAACGUGGUCGGAAGAGACGAAAAAUUAAAGAUGGACAGCUUCAAAGAUUAAAAACACAAGAUUGUUGUGAACCAGCCAAAGGUUUACUGACAAAGUUCAGUAUGACCAGUAAAUGUCCCACUGAGGACCAAAAUAAUAUAGUUACACCAGAGAAAAAUGAUAUUGAGAAAACCAAGUCAGACGAUGUUGAAAUGAUCCCACCAAUAACUGCAGGGACCUGCAAGAUAACACCAAAAAGAGACAUCCUAUGCAGUUCUCCCAGUGACCUGUCCUCCAAUUUAAUGAAAGAAGUCAAGAAGUGCAAAGUGGAAGAUUCAUUUGAGGUUUCUGUGCAAUCCUAUACUGAUAAUACAGGAGUCUCAAGAGGAAUUUGUCAUAUAAUUUCUAGUAAUGUGGUCAAGGAAGAGUCAGAACAAAUUUCUCUGGAUACAAAAUUUAAACCCAACAUUGAGCUGAAAUGUACUCCGGAAGCAGAUGGACUAAGCGUGGAAACGUCAGGGGAAAAAAUACUUGAUAACCCACCAGAGCCAGAAAAUGCAUUCCAGCCUUCUACAGAAUGGAAGGAGGAUAGUUUCACACAGGAUAGUGAAGACUGUGUUGUAAUGCCAAACAAAAUGACUAAUAACAGGACAAUAAGAUCCAAGCCUAAAGAAAUAAUGAAGAAACCUCUCACCUGCAAAUACUGUGGAGUUUCCUUUCGGCACAUUACAGCAUAUACCAUUCAUCAACGCGUUCAUACAGGGGACAAACCCUACAAAUGCAAGAUCUGUGGAAAAACCUUUUCUCAACUGUCUAAACUAAAGUCCCACCAUAACGUACAUAAACAGGAUACCUCUUUUCCUUGUCCUUGCUGUAGCCGAAGGUUUUUGCAGAAAGAUGAUUUGCUAUGUCAUUUUAAAGUUCACCUGCAGGAAUCAAAAGCAAACAGUGAACCACAGAAGCACAUAAAGAGCAAGAGAAAUACUUCAUCAAAUGUGUCUUCGGAGACCCCAAACAAUUGUGGGUGCCUUAUUCGCAAGAAAAACUUUGUAAAACGCGUCAAAUUGCAGGAUCACAUGCAAGUGCAUAAAGUGGAGAAGCCCUUGACUUGUAAAGACUGUGGGAAGACAUUUUGGAAACAGUCAAGCCUCAUAGCUCAUGAAAAAACCCACUGGCCUGUUAAACCAUAUGCUUGCUCGAUUUGUGGAAAAGGCUUUAACCAACUAAAAGCCCUAAAAAAGCAUUCUCAAGACCAUGCUGGUGAGACACCUUUCUCCUGCUUUCACUGCGGUCAUGGAUUCAGUGCCCUGUCUGCACUUAGGAUGCACCAAGCAUCCAAAACAUGCAUCGCAAGGAGAAAUGAUGAGGCGAGCAGUAACAUUGAGGGCUUCAUUGUAAGUCAAGGAGUUGAUGGUCAAGUGAAUACACCAGUAUUCUUCAAGUGUCAAAUAUGCAAACAGCUUUUCAGGAAAUGGUGCCAAUACACUCUUCACCUUCAAACACACACCAGCUCUCCCCCAUAUAUUUGUUUUUCUUGUGGACAGUGUUAUGAGAAGGAUUCAGAGAUGAAUGUGCACUGUGAGGUUUGUUGCCAGUCAAGUGGGGAGGAGAAGAUUUGUUGUGCAUCACUCGCCGAAAUCCUGCAAAGUGUUACCCAAAUCUACCCUCUAAAGUGUACCUCAUCUCAGAGUGUACCAAGUACAGGAUUUCAGCUGAAUUCCCAAACACCAACCAGAUCAGAACAGCUCCCGCAGCUGCCUCGAUCGAUGGAUGUGGAACCUACACAAACAAGAGAUACAGAUCUUUCAAAACUUCCUAAAACAUACUCUACUCAUUCACCCAUCAAGCUCCCAAAUGCCCAGUCACCUGCUCGUUCUGAUGUUAACUGUACUUCCCCAAGUAGCUCUCUAGAAUGCAUUGAAAUCACUCAGAGUAUUUGGAAAUUUAAGUGUUUACGUUGUGGUCAGCGAUUCGAGAGGUACAGGGAUUUGAGUGCUCAUCUGCAAACGCAUGCUCCUGGUUUCAGAUAUACUUGUGCACAUUGUGGACAGUUCUUUGAAAGGUGGAGUAAACUAUGGCUACAUCAGCAGCGUCAUCGCCUAAAAAGCCGUUGUUACUCCUGUACGCAGUGCAAUCUGCAGUUUCGUUUCUUUAGCUCUUUUAGAGAGCAUAUGAUUGACCAUGCCGGGCAGAGACCAUAUGCUUGUCCACUCUGUCCCAAAACCUUCAUUCAGGAGGCAAGCUUACAUGCUCACCAAUGUGAGUCUCAUAAACUUUGUAAAAGUCUGAAAUGUGAUGUCUGUUCUAAGACUUUCAGUAGUUUAACAAACCUAAUCAAACACAGUCUUCUGCACAAUGGUUCUACCUCUCACAUUUGUCUCCUUUGUAAUCUAUCAUUCACAAAUACAAGAGUCUUAAAGGAACACUUGAAAACGCACACCCCACACCAUGGACCGGCCCUCCCUGAUAUUCCAUCAAAGCCACUUGAUUUUCCUCACAAAUGUAAAAGGUGUAAAGCUAGCUUUUCAACUGGAGAUUUGCUCUACGCUCAUCAGAUACGCCAUUCUCGAGAUGCAAAGACUUACAUCCGUCCAGCAGUAUUACCUACCUCAAAAUUGUCGGAUUCUUGUUGUAAUGACACACCAUCUUCCCCACCUUCCACUCACAGGAAUCAUAUAUCAAACCUCAAACUUGAUGGCAUACCCAAUGAUGACAGCCUGUAUGUUUAUUCCCACCCUGACAAGCUCUAUGUGUCCCCUAGUCACAGAGUGCAGCUUCCGGUCAUUAAUUUGGACCCUGAUGAACCAGAGGUCUCAGACUCUCAGAAUCCUGGUCCUGAACUUCCAAAUAGUAAAAUCACUUCUCAAUCUGACAGCACACACCUACCUCAGGCCACUUCAGAUCAGGAAACCACCAACCUAAAUUCAAGUGAAAGCAUAAAGAUGAUGGCAAAUGGUCAACAUAAUUACAGCCUCAACUGUCAGAGAAGCCCUACAUUUGUGGAGACAAGUGUUGACAUGGAAGUAGAACAACCUACUCAAGAAGAAGAGUCAGAGGAGAGUUUUGAAUGUGCCGACUGUACUGAAAAACUAACCAGCGUGUUGGGCCUUUAUGAACAUUACAUACUUCAUGCAAUGGGAGAUGCAUAUGUACAAGUACACUGAUCAUUGAUAAUGUUAGAAGGUAGACAUUUUCCCACAGAUAUUAUGCUUUAAAAUGAACGUUUUGACACAAAUAUGUGUCGAUGCUGUUAUCUGUUUUACAGUUCCAAUGUGUAAAGCAAAUAUUGGCAGAAUGCUUAACUUGUAUUUUUUACAUCUUGAACAGUGUGAAAAAUUUGCAUUACGACUCUUCAUUCUAACAUGCUUUUUCAACCCUCAGGUUCAUUCAGUUUAAAAGUUGUUGCCCACUAGCCACUCUUACAUACUGUAUUACUGGGGUCAUGUCACUAUGCCUUAUCUCAGUUAUCUCUGUACUGCCAUAUAUCAUCUCCUUUUGUGCCUUCAGUGACAGUUUUGGUUCUGUAAAAGAUCUGUAAAUAGAUAUACAUAAUCCUGUAUAACUCCAAAACCUCCUAGUCCUUCCUCUGUAAAAAAAACACCUUUUAAAAUUCAAUUUUGUAAUAUUGAGAGGUGGUUAAAUGUAAAUUAACCUUGAGCGUUCUAUAUCUCAUAUAUGAAUGUCUGGCUGGGACAAAAAUGUACUGUUUAUUGUAAAAAUGUGUAGAUCUUGAGAACAUUAGAAUAUUUCUGGAAAAUAAUGGCUUUGAAAAGAUCCAAAAGAUUCUAUGCUUUUAAGUGGAUUCUUUUAAAAAAAAAUAAUAAUAAAACA